GCCGGAAGUGGCCGUGGAGGCGGAAGUGGCGCGGCCGCGGAGGGGCCUGGAGCACGGCGGCGGGACCCGGAGCGGGAGCGGCGGCAGCGGCGGCGGCGGUGGUGGCAGGAGGUGGCGGCGGCGGCGGCGGCGCACUGGAGUCAGCCAUGGCAAAGCAGUACGACUCGGUGGAGUGCCCUUUUUGUGAUGAGGUGACCAAAUAUGAGAAGCUCGCUAAAAUCGGCCAAGGCACCUUCGGGGAGGUGUUUAAGGCAAAGCACCGCAAGACUGGCCAAAAGGUGGCCCUGAAGAAGGUACUGAUGGAGAACGAGAAAGAGGGGUUCCCCAUUACAGCAUUGCGGGAGAUCAAGAUCCUCCAGCUUCUAAAACACGAGAAUGUGGUCAACUUGAUUGAGAUCUGUCGAACCAAAGCUUCCCCCUAUAAUCGCUGCAAAGGCAGUAUAUACCUGGUGUUUGACUUCUGCGAGCAUGAUCUUGCCGGGCUGCUGAGCAACGUCUUAGUCAAGUUCACACUAUCUGAGAUCAAGAGGGUCAUGCAGAUGUUGCUUAACGGCCUCUACUACAUCCACAGGAACAAGAUCCUGCACCGGGACAUGAAGGCGGCUAACGUGCUCAUCACCCGCGAUGGGGUUCUGAAGCUGGCGGACUUUGGGCUGGCCCGGGCCUUCAGCCUGGCCAAGAACAGCCAGCCCAACCGCUACACCAACCGUGUGGUGACUCUCUGGUACCGGCCCCCAGAGCUGUUGCUCGGAGAGCGGGACUACGGCCCCCCCAUUGAACUGUGGGGCGCUGGGUGCAUCAUGGCGGAGAUGUGGACCCGCAGCCCCAUCAUGCAGGGCAACACGGAGCAGCACCAGCUCGCCCUCAUCAGCCAGCUCUGCGGCUCCAUCACCCCUGAGGUGUGGCCAAAUGUGGACAAGUACGAGCUGUUUGAGAAAGUGGAGCUGGUCAAGGGCCAGAAGCGGAAGGUGAAGGACAGGCUGAAG